AUGUCAGAACCUGACCCUUCGUCUGGAUUUGUGGGAAGCAUGGAAAAUGGGACUUUUCUGGAGCUGUAUCCCACAUCCCUUUCAACUUCAGUGGAUUCAUCGCCCGGCCGUUUAUCCAAUGUCUAUGUCUAUGUUUCUAUAUUCCUUAGUCUCUUAGCUUUUCUCCUUUUGCUACUGAUCAUUGCACUUCAGAGGCUGAAAAACAUAAUUUCUUCCAGUUCCUCCUACCCUGAAUACAAUAGUGAUGCUGGAAGUUCAUUCACUAAUUUAGAGGUUUGCAGUAUUUCUUCCCAGCGCUCUGCUCUCUCAAACCUUUCUUCAUGA